UUUCAAUGGAACAGGGUAAGAGUGAUUUUGAUACAAUAGCUCUUUGUUAUGCCCUGAACUUCUUUAUCUCUAGAUAAAUCCGGAUGAUCGUGUUCCGAAAAUGGCUGAAGAUGUUUCACCUGAUCAUCUUCGAUUGUUUCCACUUCAUGAUGAUGUGAUUACACGCACAGUCGAAAUCGAUGACGAAUAUCGUCUGAAAAUGAUGUAUCAUCUAAGAUGGCUACGAGAAAAGGCGACAAUCACAACAUUUAUAUGCCAAGUUACUUGUGAACUAUGUGAUAUGGAUUUCAAUUACACAUCAGAUUUAUUUGCUCAUUUAUCAUCCAGUCAACACCGUGAACUUGUUCGACAGCUCGAACUCAUUCACUGCGUCUAG